AGAACCCUAAAAAUCGUUGCUUUACUAAAACUUUCAAAACACAUCGAUGGAUUCGGCGUUUGUGGACAGGGCUUGGGACAAAUGGGUUAGUACGGGUAACGUUGGUUCUUCAGGCAAUCCAUUGAAGGCUGCUAUUUUGAUAAACUAUGAUCCUGCAGGACCUUCUCGUCUCGUAUCAACAAUAGCUGAACAAGAAGGGAUAGAUCUCUAUCCAGUUGACUUAAAGCAAUUCAUCGAUUUCAUGAGACGUGGCAAUCUUCCUACUGAGACCUUUGUUCUUGGAUCCAACCAAUACAUAAUAACAUCAGUUCACGAGAAUUGGUUUGCUGCUCGGUGCUUAAACACUAUCCAGCCUGCUGGUGAAGGAGCUAUUGUUAUGCAGACCGCGGCUUACGUCUUGGUUGCUCUAUAUGAUGGAUCAAUUGGUUCAGCUUCUCAAGCUGUGGCCGCAGCUGAUCAGUUUGCAUCCCAGCUGAGUCGGAAAAACUUCUAGCUUCAUCUUUUGCUAAAAUCACGAGUAUCACAUUUCAUCUCUGUUUAUUACUGAAAACCAGCUUUGACUAUGUUUUGUGGAGGAUCUUUGAGUUGUGAACUUGCGAUAACUGAUUUUCAUUUUAUCUCAUCUUUUAUAACUAGAACAUUCAGAAAUCAAUUGAUGCAAGCCCUUGAACAACUCAUAUCUGCAUAUAUAUUCGUUUUGAUUCA